AUUUACUAAUUUUAAUAUAAACGAAUUAUGUCACUAAAAGGAAUAUGUUUAUUAUUCCAAAAGCACUCUAGAUUUUACAGCAGUAAAUAUAAAUUAAGUUUGUCAGAUGCUGUAACACCUGCACUGAGAGCAAAAAAAUCGAAAUCGAAUAGUGAAAAUGUGCCAAAUUAUUUUUCUGAUACCAAGUCGGUAAGAGUUGUCGGAGGGAAAGGUGGGAAUGGUUGUAUAUCUUUUUUGCAACUUUGGUGCAAUGAACGAGCAGGACCUGAUGGUGGAGAUGGUGGAAAUGGAGGUCAUGUUAUUUUCGAAUCAUCUAAAGAUGUUAGAAAUUUAAAUCAUUUAUGUACCACUAUUCGAGGGGAAGAUGGGCAAUGUGGCACUCCAAAAGAAUGUCAUGGAAAAAAUUCAAAACACACUAUAACUAAAGUUCCUAUUGGUACUAUUAUACGAAAUAAAAGUGGAGUUAUAAUAGGUGAUUUAGAUAGAGAACACAUGAUGUUUGUAGCUUCGAGAGGAGGAGCUGGAGGAAAAGGAAAUAGAUUUUUUACCACAGAAAAGGAAAACAGUCCAAAAGUUUGUGAACAUGGUCCACCAGGUGAAGACUUCAUUUACAUAUUAGAAAUGCGAAGCAUGGCCGACAUAGGUAUAGUUGGAUUUCCCAACGCUGGCAAAAGUACUCUAAUAAAUGCAAUAACACGAACACGCUCCAAAGUUGCUCCAUAUGCAUUCACAACCAUACACCCACAAAUAGGAAUGGUUCAAUACGCCGACCACUUUCAAUUAGCAGUUGCAGACUUACCUGGAAUCAUACCAGGAUCUCACCGCAAUAAGGGUUUAGGAUUGCAGUUUCUUAAACACGUUGAGCGUUGUUCAUCUUUGAUUUAUCUCUUGGACGCAAGCGCAGAAAGUCCAUGGCUGCAUUAUGAAAACUUAAAUUACGAAAUGUUUAAUUUUAAUAAAAAGUUAACAACAUAUCCUAAAAUAAUUGUGGCAAACAAAAUUGAUAAACCCGAAGCCAUCGCAAAUUUAUCAGAAUUAAAAAAUAGAAUAGACGGUCCUGUUAUCGGUAUAAGUGCGAAAGACGGGACAAAUUUACAGCAACUACUAAAUUUAAUGCGACUUACUUGUGAAGACAAUUUAUCAUAAAAUUGGUGAUGUCGCCACUUAUGUAUGUACAGUGGUGGCCACCAAUUUAAGACAAAUACUUGAAUUUUUUUCAUCAACUGAAUUUUAAGUGCGAUAGAGCCAAAAUAAACAUUAAAAAUAAAUGAAAUUUAUUAUUAAUGUUUUUAGUUUCUGAAAAAUGUUUGGAAAAAUCGGUAAAACAUAGAUAUUAGAGUGACAAUCAGUUGUAUGGAAAAAAUUUUUUGUUAAAAUUUUGAAGAGUGCCGGGUGGAAUAUUGUGACACUAGGCCUAACAGUCAAGCGCUGAAAAUUUGAGCCAAAUCGGGCAACGAUUUCUGGACGCGCAUCGAGGUCAAAGUUCAGAUAUAUGCAAAAUUUUACUAUUUAUAUGGAAUAAAUAGGUGAAACUCGUUAAAUUUCUGCAUUGUUUUCUAGAAAUGUAUAGAUUUAUUUAUAUUAACGAAUAUUACAUUAAAAACAUUUUUUCGAAGUUAACCCUGCAUCUCCUUUGGGUCAAAAUGACCCAAAAACUGUAUUAUCGCCAAAAUUCGGAAAAAAUGCAAAUUUUUCAGAUAUUUUAAAAAUUUUGCUACUAAAUAAAUAAUUUUGCAAUUGAAUGCAAAAGAA